AUGGUUAUAUCAACCCUCCACACCCUCUUUCUUCCUCCUCCAACAACAUCAACCAUGUCUCCCAAACUCAUCGCAAUCCCCGGCGGCACCGGCACAAUCGGCCAGUCCAUCGUCUCAGCCCUCCAAUCCCACCCAGAAUACAAACCCAUCAUUCUCUCCCGCGCAACAUCCUCCCACCCAGACGGCACAACCUCAUCCACCACUAUACGCAACUCCACAACCCCCAUCGAAACCCGCUACGUCAACUACGCCUCAACAGGCUCCCUAACUACCGCCCUGCAUGGCGUAAACACCGUAAUCUCAGCGCUGCUGAUCCCCGGCCCCGAGAGCGUCCCUUACCACCUCAACCUGCUGCAAGCCAGUAUCACAGCGCGGGUGCACCGCUUCGCCCCGUCUGAGUGGGCACUUCCCCAGGAUACACACGACCAGGUUGAUCUGGACCAGGGGAAGAGUGUUAUCUGGACGGAGGUGCAGAAGGAGGUUGCGGAGGGGAAGAUCGAUGCGGCGGCGUUCCCGGUGGGGAUGUUUAUGAAUUACCUUGCUAUUGGGAUUCGGGAUCGGGAGGUGGAAGAGGAGGCGCUGGCGGGGUUUGGGGAGGGGGAGUUGAUGUUUCAUCUGCGUGACGAGCCGGCGUGGGUGGAGGUUCCGGUUAUGCAGGAUGGGAGAUAUCCGGAUUUGACGAUGACGGAUAUCAGGGAUGUGGGUAGGUUUGUUGUCGCUGCGCUGGGGCUGGAGGAAUGGGGUGGGAGGGAGCUGGGCAUUGCUGGGGAUACGAGGAAUCUGAAGGAGAUUGUGGAUAUUUUGAGGAGGGUUAUUGGCAGGGCGAAUGUGAAGGAGGUUUCGAGGGCUGAGCUGCAGAGGAAGCUGGAUGGGUUGGACCAGAGUGAGUUUCUGAAGAGGAUGGAUCUCCAGUAUACGAUGCUGUGUGGGAAUGGGGGCUCGGUGGUCAAGGGGACCCUGAAUGAGUUGUGUCCUGAGGUGAAGCCGACGACUAUCAGGGAGUUUAUGGAGAAAUACUGGGGUGACUAG